CCGGCCAUCAUUUAGUCGUAUCUGCAGUUAACGAGGCGUCGAAUCACAAGCCUUAAAGGCUCUUAAUAAUUUUUAAAAUAAUUGUCUGAAUUUUUUGUUUAUUUAAUUAUGUGGAAAAUUAACGUGCUGCUUUUAUUAACGAUUUUUUCCAGUGGAAUUUCGAAUGCACACAGCGAGGAUUUGCUAAGCGAAAAUGAAUCAGAAAUUGCGCUUGUCGAUAGCAAUAUUUGGGAUAUAGACCAAGACGCUUCGGCCGAACAACUUCCCCGAGAACCGAUUGAAGCUAUUUGCGAUAAAUACAAUUUGGAAUACCAAAACCAAUUGAUCGACUGCCAACGUAUCAAUUUCCAAUUGAAACCUCUCAAUGUCGACGAAUACAUACGAAAUAAACGUGACGCAGCACCUGAAGAAGAGGGCUCAGGAGACGAACCGCCACCAAUUCAAGAGACCAAUGAAGAACCAGAACCAGAAGAUUCCAAACCUGAUGAAUCUAAACCAGAAGAUUCCAAACCUGAUGAAUCUAAACCAGAAGAUUCCAAACCUGAUGAAUCUAAACCAGAAGAUUCCAAGCCUGAUGAAUCUAAUCCAGAAGAUUCCAAGCCUGAUGAAUCUAAACCAGAAGAUUCCAAGCCUGAUGAAUCUAAACCAGAAGAUUCCAAGCCUGAUGAAUCUAAACCAGAAGAUUCCAAGCCUGAUGAAUCUAAGCCAGAAGAUUCCAAACCUGAUGAAUCUAAACCAGAAGAAUCUAAACCAGAAGAAUCCAAACCAGAAGAGGAGAAUCAAGAAAAUCCAAAUACAACUGAAGUUCCUGCGGUGGAACCACUUAUAACCACAUCCAAACCACCAGAAAACGAAGAGGAAUCCAAACAAGAAGUACCAGAGAGUGAACCAAAGGAAACCACCACGCAACAACCACAAACACUAACCGAAAUUGUCACGAAUUCCAGCGUACCGGACACAGAAACCACCGCAGUAGCGGAACCGAAAAAAGAAGACAACUUAGAAAUAAGCGAGGGAUCGGACAAAGGGCAAGAAAGCCCGGCGAAAAUCGGCAGGAAAAUGACUCAAGAGGACCUCAUCAACCAACAGAGCGGCAUCGCGCUAGUCCACAACAGCGGCAACAUGAUCGAAACCGAAGAAAAAGUCGGCAAGAUGAAACCCAACGAGAGCAUCAAGGCCGCGUCCGGAACGCCCGUGGAAGAGCCCAAGUCGGGGGAAUCCAGCGAAACGCCCGCUAGGAAGGACAACAAGCUCCUGAUAGGACUGUUCGUGACCGUCGUGACCGUGGGCAUCGGGGCGUUCGCCUACAGCAGGAUCCAAAAGAGGAAGAGGAGCAGGAACGCCAUGCGUAGCGCCGAAAACGGUACGAAUAAGACCGAAGAUCCGGAGGCGGGCAAGGAAAUGAAACCGCUGAUGAAGACGGCGGAACCGAAAAGCUCGUUGGAGUAUGCCGAAGAGAAAUAGACCGCUCACUUCGAGCUGUACAGAGUAUACCGGUUCGUGUAAAUUGUGAUGCAAAACAGCUACAACGGUGUAAAAACUGAACAUAAGUUGCUAGGGUGAGUGUACCGGUGAUGAACCGGGUACCAGUAGAAGUCCAUUUCGAACUUCUGCUGUUCGAAUUAGGAGGAUUAUUUUAAUUUUUUACUGCGCGGUGUACUUGAAGAACAUUUAUGAGACACAUAACUUGAUUAAAGAAUAUUAAGAAAGUUUGUAUUAAUAUUAGUUGAUUCUAAUUUUUCAGAACUGUAGGCGCGAAAAUUUACUAUAGGUACAAUAUUAAAUGUUUCUUACAAGAGUAAGGUGAAAAGUUUUUGGCCUGACAAUGAAAGACAGCGAUUUGCAAUUGAAAUAUUACAUUAUUUUUCUUAUUAGGUCAAAAUCUUUGAUUCGAAACAGUUCUAAAUGAUUAAGGGGCGUUAUAGAUUAUUUUAGACAGUUUUAAAUAAUUCUGAACCGUUCUAAACAGUUUUACUUGACUUUGGAGCGUUCUAAACAAUUCUAAACAGUUCCAAUUGAUUCUGAACCGUUCUAAAUGAUUCUAGAUUAUUCUAGACAGUUCCGAAUGAUUCUGAAGUGUUCUAAAUGACUACGGAACGUUCUAAAUGGUUCCGAAGCGUUCUAAAUGGUUUUAGACGGUUCUAAAUAGUUAUGUAUAUAGUUCUAAAUGAUUCUGGAGCGUUCUAAAUGGUUCUAGAAUUAAUUAUAUAUGUCCCAAAGAGGAAACAAGAAUUUUUGCUGAUUGAAGAGCCCUCAAUGUAUCAGGUCGAGAACUUUUCACCCUGCCCUCGUAAAUGGUUUACCACUGGUACACCCACCCUACCUAAAAGGUAUCGAACGUCAGAGGACUUGAUUACUUUCUGAAUUGCUUUCUUCAAAUCUAGUCUUUUGUAGAUUAAAAUUUCGCAUUAAAAUUCGUCUUCUAUGCUAGUGUAACCAUUUAACGAAUUCCUUUUUUAUAUGAAACUGCUGAAUGCAGAAAGAUAAGCGUCUUAUCUCCUACCAUUGCAGUAAUAAAUCAUUUUCGGUGGUCUAAUUAAGUAAAAUUUCAUAGAAUGUAUUUGCGUUCUUUUAUUUUAAUGUGUACAAAGGUUAACGCUCCAUUUUUUUUUAUUUGUUGCUUUAAUGUUUGUAGAAGAAAAGUAAUAGGUAGCGAAUGGUUUUUUUAAAUUCUUUUGUGAAUAUUUUAGUAGUCGUAUAAGUAGUCAUAUAAGUGUGGUAUUUUAUUUAGUCUAACUAAAUACUUGGUAUAAGAA